UGCCCAUCCCCAUGCCCAUCCCCAUGCCCAUCCCCAUCCCCAUCCCCAUCCCCAUGCCCAUCCCCAUCCCCAUCCCCAUGCCCAUGCCCAUGCCCAUCCCCAUGCCCAUCCCCAUCCCCAUCCCCAUGCCCAUCCCCAUCCCCAUGCCCAUCCCCAUGCCCAUCCCCAUCCCCAUCCCCAUCCCCAUGCCCAUGCCCAUCCCCAUCCCCAUCCCCAUGCCCAUCCCCAUGCCCAUCCCCAUCCCCAUGCCCAUCCCCAUCCCCAUCCCCAUGCCCAUCCCCAUCCCCAUGCCCAUCCCCAUCCCCAUCCCCAUGCCCAUCCCCAUCCCCAUCCCCAUGCCCAUCCCCAUCCCCAUCCCCAUCCCCAUCCCCAUCCCCAACCCCAUGCCCAUCCCCAUCCCCAUCCCCAUCCCCAUCCCCAUCCCCAUGCCCAUCCCCAUCCCCAUGCCCAUCCCCAUCCCCAACCCCAACCCCAUGCCCAUCCCCAUGCCCAUGCCCAUGCCCAUCCCCAUGCCCAUCCCCAUCCCCAUGCCCAUCCCCAUCCCCAUCCCCAUCCCCAUCCCCAUCCCCAUCCCCAUCCCCAUCCCCAUCCCCAUCCCCAUCCCCAUGCCCAUCCCCAUCCCCAUGCCCAUCCCCAUCCCCAUCCCCAUCCCCAUCCCCAUCCCCAUGCCCGUCCCCAUCCCCAUGCCCAUGCCCAUGCCCAUCCCCAUCCCCAUCCCCAUGCCCAUCCCCAUCCCCAUCAACCCCAUCCCCAUGCCCAUCCCCAUGCCCAUCCCCAUCCCCAUGCCCAUCCCCAUCCCCAUGCCCAUCCCCAACCCCAACCCCAUCCCCAUCCCCAACCCCAUGCCCAUCCCCAACCCCAUCCCCAUCCCCAACCCCAUCCCCAUGCCCAUCAACCCCAUCCCCAUGCCCAUCCCCAUCCCCAACCCCAACCCCAACCCCAUCCCCAUCCCCAACCCCAUCCCCAACCCCAUCCCAGUCCCCAACCCCAUCCCCAUGCCCAUCCCCAUCCCCAUGCCCAUCCCCAUCCCCAACCCCAACCCCAUCCCCAUCCCCAACCCCAUCCCCAACCCCAUCCCAGUCCCCAACCCCAUGCCCAUCCCCAUGCCCAUCCCCAGCCAUGCGAGGCAGCCUGUGUGUGUAG